CUUACAAACUGUUAUCUAGUUAAAACUAUAAUAUAAUGCUUACUAAGUAUCAUUCAUACAUGUUGUUGGUUCUAUUUUUAGUAUUAUUAUGUUCUCCAUUUCUUGUGGAUGCAGUCAACAGAGACAAUUUCAAAAGAUGUGAUCAAAGCAGCUUCUGCCGACGAUGCAGAAAAGUAGAGUCUGGAAAAACACCAUAUCAGCUUUUGCCAGACACACUUGUACAAAAUGAAUCUAUGAUUAAUAUAGAUUUAUUUAAUAAAGAUACAGGCAUCUUGUACAUAGUACAGUUUACUGCAUUGAAGGAAGAUACGUUUAGAUUAAAUAUCAAUGAAAAGAAUCCAUUACAUACCAGAUACCAAAAUGAAUAUGCUCUUCAUGAUCAACCACAGACAGUGGAAUUGGAUACUGUGGAAAAAACUACUGAAAGUAUAACUAUAGUGAAAGGUGGAAAUAAAGCCAUUUUAUACAUUAAUCCAUUUAAGGUAGAUUUAUACUCCCAUGAUGUUUUAACAAUAUCAGCAAAUGCUCGUGGUCUUAUGAGAUUUGAACAUUUACGUACCAAACCAGUAAGACCAGAACAAGGUGAAAAUGAAAAUGUUGAAGCUGCAGCAACAAAUAAUACCGCAUAUCCUGGUGAUGGAGCUGAUAAUGAUCCAGGUGCUUGGGAAGAAAACUUCAAGGAACAUCACGAUGCAAAACCAUUUGGACCAGAAGCUGUUGCGAUGGAUUUUAGUUUUCCUGGAUCUGAACAUGCUUAUGGUAUACCAGAACAUGCUGAUUCAUUCGCAUUACAAUCGACUAAAUCUACAGAUCCAUAUAGAUUAUACAAUCUUGAUGUCUUUGAAUACGAAACGAAUGAACGUAUGGCUUUGUAUGGUGCCAUUCCAGUUCUUUAUGCUCAUGGAAAAGAGAGAUCGUCAGGUGUUUUUUGGCAUAAUACAGCAGAAACUUGGAUUGACAUUCUAUCAAGUGCAGAUAAUAAUGUUGUAGAAAGCAUUGUUAAUUUUGUAUCUGGAUCUACUAAAAAAUCUCAAGUGGAUGCUCAUUUUAUGUCAGAAUCUGGCGUGAUUGAUAUAUUUUUCAUGUUGGGUCCGAAACCUCUUGAUGUUUUUAAACAAUUCACCAUUUUAACUGGUACAGCUCCUUUGCCACAGAUGUUUGCUCUUGGGUAUCAUCAAAGUCGUUGGAAUUAUAAUGAUCAAGAUGAUGUUACAACAAUUGCCGAAAAUUUUGAUAUACAUGAUAUACCACUGGAAGUUAUGUGGCUUGAUAUUGAAUAUACCGAUAAUAAGAAAUACUUUACAUGGGAUCAGCGUAAAUUCCCGAAUCCUCUUGAAAUGAUACACAAUCUUACUACCAAAGGCAGAAAAUUGAUAGUUAUCAUUGAUCCUCAUAUUAAACGAGAUAACAACUAUUUCUUACAUAAUGAUGCUACCAAUUUGGGCUAUUACAUCAAAAACAGAGAUGGAAAAGAUUAUGAGGGUUGGUGCUGGCCAGGAUCUUCAUCAUAUUUGGACUUCUUCGAUCCAAAAGUCAUUGAAUAUUAUGUUGGUUUAUACAGUUUGGAUAAAUUUCAUGGUACCACUAACGAUGUUUACAUUUGGAACGAUAUGAAUGAACCAAGUGUGUUUAAUGGACCUGAAGUAACUGCGCCAAAGGAUCUUGUUCAUUAUGGAGGUUGGGAACAUAGAGAUGUGCACAAUAUUAAUGGACAUAUGUAUAUUCGCGCGACAUACGAUGCUUUAUUCCGUCGAUCAGGUGGUUCUUUGAGACCAUUUGUCUUAACAAGAUCCUUCUAUGCUGGAUCACAACGUUACGCGGCAAUGUGGACUGGCGAUAAUAUGGCUGACUGGAAUCACUUGCGUAUAAGUUAUCCUAUGUGUCUUUCGAUGGCUGUAUCUGGAAUGUCAUUUUGUGGCGCAGAUGUUGCAGGUUUUUUCAAGAAUCCAGAUGUUGAGAUGUUUAUUAGAUGGUAUCAAGCUGCAGUAUGGUUACCUUUCAUCCGUCAACAUUCUCACAUAGAAACAAAGAGACGCGAACCAUGGACAUUUAAUGAGGAAACUACGCAAAUAGUUCGUGAAGCACUCAGAUUACGAUACUCAUACCUGCCAUUGUGGUACACGCUUUUUAGAGAACACGAAGUAAACGGUUUACCUGUCAUACGACCUUUAUGGGCGCAUUAUCCAUCCGAAUCGAAAACAUUUACUAUCGACGAUCAGUUGCUACUUGGUGACUCUAUACUCGUACGCCCGGUAUUUCAAUCCGGUGCCACAGAAGUAACGCUUUAUCUUCCGGGAGACGAUAAAGUGACUUGGUACGAUACUGAUACAUUGCAAUCUUAUAAAAAAACAGGAUACAUUAAUGUACCAGUAACGAUUCACAAGAUCCCUGUGUGUCAAAGAAGUGGUUCCAUCGUUCCACGAAAAAUGAGAAUACGACGUAGCACGGUUGCUAUGAAAAAUGAUCCUUACACAUUAAUAGUAAUUGCUGAUAAUAACGGUAAGGCUAGCGGCAGUCUAUAUAUCGAUGAUGAAACCAGCUUUGAAUACCGUCAUGGGAAAUACUUGUAUCUGAGAUUAAUCCUGGAUGGUAAUAAAAUAACUUCAACUCUGAUAGAUAAAUUAGCUUCAUAUGAAACACAAAGCUGGUUAGAAAGAAUAGAUAUAGCCAAUCCACCACAAGGAAUUAAAUCUGCCCAACUGGAAUCGCACAGUAUGGGAAAAAUAACUUUGGAAACUACGUAUAAUUCACAUAAUAACGUAUUAACGAUACGUAAACCAGCUGUAAAUAUGGGCGAAGAAUGGACAAUUGAAUUAUUACAUUAGGAUUAUGAUGUUACUCAUAUUCGAUCUUUAAUAAUCCAUGCUCUAUGAUGCUAAUUUUCCAUUACUGUACAUGGUUCAGCUAUCUGUGAUCUGCAUGAUUACAUUUCCUAGAACAAGUAUAGAAAUACAACUUAGCUACUUUGAGAGCUAAAGUAAUUAUUAUCUCCUUUUAAUAAGAAUUAAUAUUUACUUGCAAUAUGUACAAUAUAUGUACACUCAAGUAGGAUAUUUGGGAAGAUAUUUAUAUAGAGGCAUUCUUUUGUGUAACUUACAUUUUUACUUUAUACGAUUUAAUAAAAUUUCAAAAGUACAAAGUGUGUUUCGGGCUAUUAUAAUACGUAAAAGUUUAAUAUUAUAUAAAGAAUAUUUAAUGUUUGA